AGUUGAGUCCAUAAACUCUAGCACACACAGCAGACGCGCAACGAUGUGCGCCGAGCGGUUGGAGCCAGUCUCCCUCCCUGCAUUGCCAAUUUCAUUGAACCGAGGACUGCAUUGUUACCAUUUUUGAAGACCCAAGUUAACCUUUUAUUCACAACAUUUCUUCCUUUUCGUCCUUGUCUUGUCUUUUCAAUAUGUGCUGAUAUUGAAGGGGAGAGGGGAAGGUAGAAUGGGCGAAACCCUCUGGUUCCCUGUGUAACUCUGGAAAUGGAUCCGACGUUCUCGCAGGGAGACAAAGACAAUGAGGUCCGUCUGGAGGGGAUGAGGGAUGGGGCUGGCUUCAUGAGGAUGCCAGAGCACCCCCUGUGGGAGUCCCGUAGCCUAGCCGCCCAGCACCUCUCCUCCUGGAUGACGGAGGGUGAGCCCUUCACCUCUCCUCUCUCCCUGCUGCACUCUGCCGGAGGACAGCGCCUCUCCUCGUCCUCUUCCUCAUCAGUGGCCGCUACUGCCCUUGUCGCCGCCAUGACCCUGGAGCAGAAGACCACCUUCGCCCUGGUCCUCUUCCUCUUCGGUGUCCUCCUCAUCCUAAUCGUGCGGUGCUUUCGCAUCCUGCUGGACCCCUACCGCAGCAUGCCCACCUCCACCUGGGCAGACGGCCUGGACGGGCUGGAGAAGGGCCAAUUCGACUAUACACUGGCAUAGGGGGUUGGGCAUCCAUGUACUGUAUACUGUACACACACACACACACACACACACACACACACACACACACACACACACACACACACACACACACAUGAAUAUGCAGAAUGGCUGCAUUCACCUUGGCUGACGGUCUGGAUGGGCUAGAGAGAAUGGUCAGUUUGAUCACACGCUGUGGUGUAAGGACACAGACCAACAUGCAUUGUAUGUCAUGAAAUACACACACACAAUACACACACACACAUGUGGUUGUAUCCUCCUGGAUUCACAGUAUGCAUGGGCAAGAGAAGAGCCGGUUUAACCACACACACACACACACACACACACACACACACACACACACUGCAGUGUGGUUGCAUCCUUCUGGGUUCACUUUCUCCCACUUGUUUACACCUUAGACAGCUAAUGUCACUCACACACACUGACACAAGAGGCCACCUGGGGCUCCUUCAGUGCCUCACUCUUACAGGGUAGUUCCCAUCCUCCUCCGUGUCCUCCUCACCGUUCAAGUUGACAACAAUGUCAGUGCUAUUUCAACCCUCCUCCUCGUAAUACCUCACCAUCCGAGUCAAGAACUAAACUAUUUCACCCCUCCUUCUCAUAAUACCGCACCAUCCGAGUCAAGAACUAAACUAUUUCACGCCGUCUUCUCAUAAUACCGCACCAUCCGAGUCAAGAACUAUGCCAACGCUAUGUCAACCUGUGCUGUCGUAGGCUGCUAAGUUAUUCAACCUUGUACUAAAGGAACAUUUGAAAUCUUCUACUGUCCUGGAGGAGUGUUGUUGUUGAUAUAUGUAUGUCCCAGAAAUGUGUGUUCAGAAUGUUAAAUGCUGAAUGCUGACCUAACAUAUUAUUAUGGUGAUCGUUUUGUCAUUUUAUAGUCAUUGCUCAUAAUUGACUUAUGUUAAUCUAUUAUAGAAGGACGUAUUUACACAAUCAGGGAAUUCGAUUUAGGAUGAGAUUAUUUUCAAUGGCCAAAAACAAGCAUUCCUCAUCUUGUUUUUAUAGCUCAAUAAUUUGAUAUUGUUGGUAUAGAUUGAGAUAAUAGCUGAUAUCAUUUGACCCAGUCUGCAGAUGGCUAGAAGGGAGACAUAAAUGUACAUAUUAUAUCUAUCUAUCUAUCUAUCUAUCUAUCUAUCUAUAUCUAAGCACUUCAAGACAACGCAAUAAUAUAUUAAAACUAUCAGAUGUGGUUUCUCCUAUGGGAAACCUGGGUUCAGAUCUUACCUGUGACACAAGUGUGUUCCUAUCAGUCAGAUACCUGUUCCUAAAGAUUAGCUGCUGUCCCCACUGCAGAUCCCCACUGCAGAUCCCCACUGCAGAUCCCCACUGCAGAUCCCCACUGCAGAUCCCCACUGCAGAUCCCCCACUGCAGAUCCCCCACUGCAGAGCCCCACUGCAGAUCCCCACUGCAGAUCCCCCACUGCAGAUCCCCACUGCAGAUCCCCACUGCAGAUCCCCCACUGCAGAUCCCCACUGCAGAUCCCCACUGCAGAUCCCCGUACGCUCCUCUUCUUUGUUUUCAGACCUCAGAAGUAGUCUAAUAUCAAGAUGUGUGCAUGUGUUGUGUAAAUGGGUUUUUCUUCAAAUAUCUGACUAACUUAGAUUUUUGAGUAGACUAACACUUUGACACUAUAUAAAAUGUGGGGAUCUAUGUGUAAAAUGUAAUGAAAUACUGUAGGUGGCAACAACAGUGUGUUUGGAUAGGGCUCUACAGUUGAAGCUGUCACUUUCGUUUAUAAUCAACUGCAUGCAACUUAGUUGCUGAACGUAUUUUUAGUAAAUGUGGUUGUUGGAUCUUGCAUGGGAUUCAGAGCAGUUGACACUUGAUAAAUCAAAAUGAUAGAUUGCUUAGAGUUUGAACAUAGGGGACUAUCCAAAUAAAGUGUCACCAAGUAAUUAAAUCCUGGCCCGGUAAUCCACAAACCCAAGAAUACGUUGUACAACAGAUAUUUGCUCUCUUGUGACAUACAGAGUAUAUUUGCUUCGAUUCAAAUGAACGUGUCGUUGGUAAAAAAUCACUUCUGUUACAGAAGGCAGGCUAUGUCCACUAACUGUCUCACCUGAGUGUGUUGCAGUGACCAGGGUACUGUUCAAAUAACACUCACUCCUUUUUCAAUACUGACAUUGGAAGGAAUGGCCUUUUCAAGCUGUGAAGUACAACUCAUAACUCAGUCACUAGAUCAGCUUAUGUAAAGUCUAUGUAAAUAUGCAGGGUUAUAGUGAUGAUUUUGCGGCAAUUGCAUGUAGUGGUCAGUCAGAAUCUUGUGGAGCAACAGAACCUUUAAAAUGUCAAAACAACCCCUUCCUUCAAUGUGAUAGAAUGACGAUGAAUAAAGUGUUUCCAGAUCACUACCUCUGAAGAUGUAGUUAUUGACGUUUGGCUUAUGGUUCAAAAAGUCAAGUGGAAAGAUAUUCUGUUAAUAUAAAUGUCACACCCUGAUCUGUUUCACCUGUCUUUGUGCUUGUCUCCACCCCCCUCCAGGUGUCACCCAUCUUCCCCAUUAUCCCCAGUGUAUUUAUACCUGUGUUCUCUGUUGCCAGUUCGUUUUGUCCGUCAAGCCUACCAGUGGUUUUCCACUUGCUCCUGUCUUUUUCUAUAAUUGAUGUUUUCUAGUUUUGACUAUACUGCCUGCCCCGACCCUGAGCCUCCCUGCCAUUCUGUACCUUGUCACACC